AUGAGAAUCGUCCAACAACGAGUCUCUAAGGACUCGAGGACACCUUCAUGGCUACAAAUCCUCAAAUCUCUGCUAAUCACUUGCACCGACGCAGUGGCAUCUCAACCAGGUAAAGCCGCUGGCCUCGGCCAGCAGACACCGCUGCCCCUCAUCGCCGAUGACCUGCAAUUAGCGUCGCAAACCAAUCUCGCGUCCCCCUCAGAGUGGCGAGGCACGCGGACAGCCUCGUCAACGCCGAUGCAUAGUCGCGAGCCCUCUGCGGCUCGUGGACGACCUGCAGACCCGACCACAUUAGCCCCGACCUUCCACGCCCGCCGCGGCCACUCCGGGUCCAAAAGUCCCGAAAUCUCAGCCGGUCAGCCUGCUGCUUAUGAGGUGGGAUUAGAAAGGCGACCGUCCAAUUCGUACGGUCAUCACCGCCAGACCUCCAUCGUUCAUGGCAUGCAGCAUUCUCGAAAUACGAGCAUGGCAGGCUCGACCGCUUCUGCCAGUCCGUUGAGCCCGGAGUUGAUUGCGUCCUUCGGCCAAAGUAGCUUUGAAGAGAGCGCUUCACCGGCCAAGCUGGACCAACACGACACCGCGGCGGCAUACCAAAACCCAGCGCCGACUGCCACCCACGGCGUCUCGAGCCCGUUGAGCACUAUCCGAGAUAAUGACACCGAUCAGACUGCGACUGGCAGUCCUGCAACGGCGGGACACACACGAAUGAAUUCAAAAGGGAAGUCAGGCAGGCGGGAUCGGUCCCACAGCCAGUCGCAUCCGAAGCACCCUUCGGAGUCGAAGACAGUGGGGGAAUAUGCACUGCAUCAUCUGUUCAACUCGUUUGUCGGUAAAGCUGAGAGCAAGAUCAACCAAGCGAUCAUGAAGCUGGGAGAAUCGGAGGCUCCCGUCGAGGAGGUCUGCGGGCCCGGUGCAGACGUUAGUUUUGACCAGUUGAUCUCGGCCCUCGGUCAUAUCUCGAGACAGAAGCCGAAGCCUUUAAUCGAUACCAUCAUGUUGUGGCGGAAGGCAAAGGGGGAUGCUGCGAUCACUGCGAGACAAAUGACCAAUGAUUUGCCCAAGCCCAUCAUCACUGAGAACGGAGCAAUCACGCGUCGAAAUACUGAACCGACACAAGCCCCUGCCGAGUCUACCCCAGCAGAUCGCACACAACCAUCAUCAGGUUUUCUUGGUCGACCUGACGAUAUCGCUCUGAUCGAGCGUCGUGCUACGGUAUCCGUCUAUCUCGUCUGCCGAGUCUUGAUCGAGAUCUUCAAUCAGAGCAGCCUAGCGUCCAUUACUCAUGAUAUGGCAGAUCGAAUGGAGGAUAUCGUGUUUGGCCAGAUUAGAGCGGUAGACCCUGAUCAGAUUGCGUCGUCCCCUCUCCGAAUGGCAAAUUGGAGGAUAUAUGGCCAAUUGCUCGGAAUAAUGAGUGAGCUGAAUUUCCCAAGCGUUGCCAAUCGAUUCCUCACCGAACUCGACAAAUAUCAGAAGGACGAAAUGGCCCGUGGCUCUUCCCGCGACGGUGACGCCAAGGUGGAACUGCUUAUUUUGGGAAUGAGAAAUUUGCACCUGCCCAUGUCGCCUGAAGGUUGGCCUAAGUCUUGCGACUUUAUGCGCUCUGUAGCUCGGUUGUUUGUCAACGCACAUGGCCAGAAGGUCAAACAGGCCUACUGCUUCACUGUCGAGAGACUUCUGCUUCCAAUCGCCGCCAACCCGGUUGUCGAUUUGUCUCUCACUCGCUGGAAGGAAUUUUUGGAUAUCAUCCACCCGCGGCUAACGCAGUUGAUGGCAAAGCCUCGACACUGGGCUGCUUCUUUCUCCUUGAACGCACUAUUGCUCUGCCUUUCGAGUAAAGAGACGUUUUCAACCCAAUGGUUGCCGAUGAUCGCGAGCUUACCACCACGCUUGAAAGAUCGUCCAACUCGAGCGCCCGCUUUGCAUGCGAUUUGCCGUCUUGUUUGGACAUACUUCUUCCGCUAUUCCGAUUCUCCGACAACCACCCUUCGGAAGGUGGAGGAGGUAACCAAAGUUGCCCUGCCCACAGGUAAAAGGACAUAUCUCAGCGCGGAGCCUGUCUUUGCGGAUCCUCUGAUUCAGCUGAUUCGGAUGAUUGGCUUCAAGUAUCCGGAUGUGUGUUUCCGCAAUAUCAUUUUCCCUCUGAUCAGCUCAGACCUGUUUGUUUCAGGUCGUGAGCUGAAGAUCGAACAAAUGGAGCCCGAAAAGAUGGUGAUUGGCAUUCGGUCGUUCCUGGCGACGAUGUCUGAUCUUGAGACAAGCGAUCAGCUCUGUCCCCCAAUACCCACGGGAUCACUUCCAAAUCCGUUCAUGGAUGGCUCCCUUCCUACAUACUUCCAUCGCUCGCAACUCCUCGCUGAGCCCAAAGCGCAAUUAUCUGCUCAACGGACGGACUCAUCGUCUUCUCCUGUCAACACUGCCAGGUUGAGUGACAAUAUCAAGGAAUACUAUCUUCGGUUUUGCGAAGUUCUUGGCAAGAUCACCAUUCUUUGCGAUAAUACAUUUGGCGGACAAGCUGUCUUAGACGAGAAGUUCGGAGGCACCACGCCCAAGACUCCCUUGACGGAGGCCUUUGGGUUUGGUCGAAGGGAGGACCAUGUGAGUGCGGUGGAUCAAAAACAAGGGUUUUACGGUCUCCUUCACGUAGCCGUACAGGCACUACCUCGGUGUCUUUCGGACCACAUACCUUUCAAUUCUCUCAUCAAUCUUCUUUGCACUGGGACUGCUCAUGUCCAAACAAAUAUCGCUAAAUCUUCAGCGGAUUCUCUGAAGGCGAUCGCCAGACAGGCCCAUGCUCAGCAGGUCACAAUUGGCUUUGCUCGAUUCAUUUUCAACUUUGAUGCGCGAUACUCCACCAUGUCAGAUGAAGGGAUGCUCGGACCGGGUCACAUCGAGUCCACCCUGAGACUUUAUGUCGAGCUUCUCCUCAUAUGGAUUGACGAGAUAAGGCAAAAAACCAAAGAGGCGUCCUCAGAACACCUCGAAAAAUCUCUCACGGGGAGUCGAGCUCUGCAUCUUGAUCUGUCGACUGUUCUUGCUCACGUUGAUGAAAUCGAGUCUCAUGGGCUCUUUUUUCUCUGCUCGCAGUCUCGGCGUGUUCGUGCCUUUGCGAUCAAUGUUCUCCGCCUGAUAACCGAGUUCGACAAGGCACUUGGCAAGGAAAAUGAACGCAUCAUUCGAAUCCUCGAGGCUGAUUCUCAGCAGAUCCUUGACCUGAACGAUGAGCAGCUGACCGUUGCCGAGCGAAGCCGCAUACAGAAAGGGAAAAGGGGGAGUGCCUCUAACAACACCUUGAUAGAGCUGUGCAGUAGUGAAGUCUCGUACGAUUCUACACUGUGGGCCAAGGUCUUCCCAAACAUCAUCCGGGUCAGCUUCGAAACAUGUCCAUUUGCCGUCACAUUAGGUCGCGAAAUAGUUUGCGCGCGUCUUGUCCGGAUGCACAAAAUGAUAACUUCAUUGGCAGAGCGGACACGGCAUCCGCAAUUCUCCCCAGUCGACCCAUACCCCACCCGUCCCGUGGCGCGAAGCAACAUGACAGCUGAGAUCCUAGUCGAGCAGUGGAAGCUAUACCUCGUCAUGGCUUGCACAACUGUCACCAGUGUCGGCGCGCAGUCGCAGAGUCAGCUGGCAAAUGCUCAGCAUACACGUAAAGCGUCCAAGGGCGCCCAGCCCUCUGACAAGAUUAGCUCCGCGCGCAGCUUGUUUGCCUUCGUCAUCCCUCUCCUUUCAGCUGAAAGGGACUCUAUCCGUAAUGCUAUCGUGGUCGCCCUCGGUUCCAUACACAAGAACCUGUAUCGUACUCUAUUGGAAUCCUUGCAGUACGCGGUCACGACCUGCAACGAAGAAGCGAAGGUUCGUAUCAGUUCUCAUCACCGGACGCCCAGCAGCGCUCAUCGAAACCGAAACACCGACCGUUUACGGACUGAGGUCACUCAUGUUUACAAAUUGACCUCCAAAUUCUUGCGCGAGCCCGAGGUCUACAAUGACGAUUGGAUCGUUAACAAUAUCAUUACAUACGCGAAAGACAUUCGAAUGUUCCUCAGCGACGCCGAGAUUCAAAAUGAUUGGGAGUUCCAGCGGCUCAGAUUUCAUUACUGCGGCCUAAUGGAAGAGCUUUUCGAAGGUGUGAACCGUACAAGGGAUCCAUCCCGCUGGAUGCCCUUCGAGUCUAGGAAGUCCGCCUUCUCCUUGAUGGAAGAUUGGUGCGGAUAUUCGCCUAACCAAGCCCAGAUCUCGGAGAGGGAAGAACAGAUGAGGAAAUUUGCUGUGUCUCACCAUUUAGUUGGUGGGGAAAUCAAGAAUGCAGCCGCUGCAAUGGAGAUUGAGAAGAAGAACCUACGUGCCGCAGCUUUAAGCGCCAUGGCGUCCCUGUGUGUGAGUGCGAGAAGAGUGAAUAUGUCUUCGUUUCUCAGUGCUAAAACUUCAUUACAGGCUGGACCCAUUAGCAUCACCACAGAAAGCGGAUCUGUCCUUCAAUUCGACGUCGUUCGCAUGCUUUCGUGGCUGGACAUAAUCUUCAACACAGUCAGCGAUAAGUGGCAUUCCAUCGGGCGUCGGGCAUUGAAAAAUCUCAUUGUCCACAACAAGGAGCAUUCGUAUCUCAUGGAGCGAUCGAUUGAGAUGUGCUACGUGGCCGAACACCCCAAAGCACUCGAAAGCUACUUUGAAGUGUCAACUGAAGUCCUGAUCGAAUAUCCCGAUUACAAACUUCCAUUUUGGAGGAUUCUGGGCGCCGUACUAGUCACUCUUGGCAGUCCAAAGCGCGAGAUUCGAAUGAAAUCGGCCAAAUUGCUUCGCCGACUUGAGGAGCGGCAGCAGAAGAGCUCUCGCCUUCAAGACUUUGACAUCAGCAUCUCCGACAAGACGACUGCGGUGUACCAGUUGGCUCAAUUUGAGACUUCAAAACGCCUUGCAAUUCUCCACGCUGAUCUGGCCUUCACGCUCUUCUCGGAGUUUUCCUUGCACUUCCGCAAUCUUCGACCCGACAGCCAGCGGAAUAUGGUUGCUGCUAUUUUACCCUGGAUUCAGGCGAUGGAGCUGCAAGUGGAUCCAAAUGGCGGGCCAACCGCGUCCUCGUACAUGCUGCUCGCAAAUCUUUUCGAGAUCACGAUUCGCUGUAGCUCUGCGCUACCAAAUCAAGUGCAAGCUAUGUGGCAAGCUUUGGCCACAGGUCCCCAUGGCGGCAAUGUCCAGGUUGUCCUUGACUUUAUCAUCAAUCUGUGCUUGGAGAGAAAGGAGCAAAACUUUGUCGAGUAUGCCAAGCAGGUUGUGGUUUUCCUUGCGUCGACUCCUGCUGGUUCUAAAGUCAUUGAGUUCUUCCUGCUGCUGGUUAUCCCGCGAAACAUGGUACAGGACCGGAAGGAGAUCACCCCGCAGCCCCCAGAGACUCAAAAUUUGCCCUACGUGGCGGAUCUGAGCACAGUGCUUCCUAAAGGACACAAACAAGCUGGACUCUUCUUAGGGCAAGUCGCUCUCAUUUUUCUCGUUGACUUGAUGGUAGCUCCUGUCGUCCUCGCUAUGGAACAUGUUAUCAAGUUGCUUCAUGUCGUUCUCAUUCUUUGGGAUCAUUAUACGGGCACGGUUCAGGAGCAAGCUCGCGAGAUGCUGGUUCAUCUGAUUCAUGAGCUUGUUGCGGCCAAAUUAGCCGAUGACGCCCCUGCUGAGAUGCAUCAGGCCGUUGAGGACUUUGUCGAACUGAUUCGACAGAGCGAUAGCGCCGUUGUCUGGGAGUACGGGGAAAAUCAGGCAGGCGAUGAGGAAGCCAAUGGGCGGCGUGUGCUCACAGCAAUGGCGACCGUGACCCGUCAAGUGGUUAGGUUUUUUGGGUUUGAAAACAAUGGGCUGAACGAUAUGUGGGCGAAAGAGGCUCUUAUCUGGGCGACCUCUUGCCCUGUCCCUCAUCUUGCGUGCCGCUCAUUCCAGGUAUUCCGCUGCAUUUCAACCUCUCUGGACUCACCGAUGCUAUCGGACAUGCUUGUCCGACUGUCCACAACGAUUGCUGACGAAGGAAAACAUUAUCAAUCAUUCUCGAUGGAAAUCUUGACCACCCUCAAAGUUACCAUCAGCUCUAUGACAUCGUCUGAGCUCUUGCAGCACCCGCAGCUGUUUUGGACUACAUGUGCUUGUCUCAAUACAAUACACGAGAGCGAGUUUGUCGAGAGUCUUGGCAUGCUGGAAAAGAUUCUCGAAAAGAUAGAUUUGAGUGAUCCCACAGUCAUAUCGCAGCUGAUAGAUGGGCAGCCCCCAAAAUGGGAGGGCGGAUUUGAGGGUAUUCAAGACUUGGUCUUCAAGGGAAUCAAGUCAUCGGAGUCGUUCAAUCGCGCAUUGGAUGUACUCUACAUUCUGAGUGGGUUGCCUAAUAAUGAACUCAUCGGAGAUGGGACACGCCAAUUGUUCACUAUUUUGGCAAACCUUCCCUGCUUCCUCCAGUGUUUCGACCAGGGCUUUACCGAACAAAAGCCAAUCAUGCACGCAAGCUUGCUCGCACGCGUUGCUGAGGACGAGCGAUGCCCCCGGUUGGCCGCCUCGCUAUUUGGGUUUGCCAAUCAGCAGUACAAGACCGAAGAUGUUUUCCUAAACCAUAUUGUGACGGAGAUCAAGUCUUAUUACUUCCCGCAGCUCGAUUUCCAAUGCCUGAUUUUCCUCAUGGGUCUUCUCACCAACACAACUGCUUGGUUCCGGAUCAAGACGAUGAAAGUCCUUUGUGUCUUGAUUCCAGAGGUCGACAUGCGGCGAAAUGAAGUGACCUGCCAUGGCCCUGAUCUUAUUUCUCCUUUGCUGCGACUUCUUCAAACCGACCUGUGUCCGCAAGCUCUGGGUGUUCUGGACAAUAUUAUGACCGUAUCGGGCAACCCUAUGGAGCGGCAUCACAUACGAAUGAGCAUGGCAUCAGCUGUCUCUUCGCAUGCCAUUCGAAAAGAAUAUGAGCGUAUUCAGAGCCUCUACGGAAUACCUGAAGAGACAGGGUGGUCUAUCCCUAUGCCUGCGACACAAUCAAUAGUGACGCGCAACAAUGUUCAUGCCGUUUUCUACACAUGUGCCGAUGCCGACACAAUGAGCCCAGAGGAGAAGAUGGCGCCGGAAGUCGAAUUCCGGGCUGAUGAUUUCAAGGACACAUUCUUCCCUAUGAGGGCUGAUACCAUGAAAUCGAUUGACACCCUGACCGAUGGGAAUAUGGGUGAUAUAGUCCAAAAGCUCGACAGCCUGGACGACUUCUUCGAGGAAACAGAUUCUGGCGUAGCUUCGCUGAGUUCAGCCGCCCAUCCAAUGCACCGUGGAUUCAUGGGAAGCUAUGUCGAUACAAAUGCACACCUGUAUGAUCAGCAGACGGCGCCCAUCUUACGGAAAUCCCUCGCACGCACUGGAUCAACGUCAUCAUUCCACAACGGUUUAGCUGAAUCCCGCCCAGUCAAUUCCCGUUAUGAUAGCCCAACCAUGCGCUCACCAAUCAAUCAAUCACCAGGCAAUCUCCAAGCUCUCCGUCCGCCGUCUCAUACUCGAUCAGUCACGUCGCCUGCGAACAAUCUCUAUGCUCACACUCAACAGGUAGCUUCCCAUGGAACACCCCCAAUUGCCGUGCAUGAAUCAGCCUUCUUCUCGGAUGAUGAGAUCGAGGACGCAUAUUCAGAUCUGGAAGAGCGGAAAAAGGGCCUCCAGCCUCCCAUGCCACAGAUGGUGCGCAGCGCCACUGACGGAUCUCACUCUCUCGAGUCUAUGAUCCGCAGCGGCAUGCGUCGACUCACCGGUGGCGCAGCGAAUGGUCGUGAGAAAGAGCGCCAGCGCGACCAUCUCCGCGCCCAGCACCGCGCUAUGGCACAAACGGCAACUUCACCCCGAGUCCCCAAAGUGCCGGAGGAAUAUCUCACGGGUCCAACCAGCCAUCCCACCUCCCCCAAGUCAUGA